CACCUCAUAUGUUGACAAUCCUCAAUGCGACUAAUACUUCUGGUCGUAUGAAUAACCUAAAGUUGAUAGACGUAAACCGAUUACACUGCUAUCUUGUCUGAAAAUUAUGAUAAUUGUCAUUUGUGAUUUACUUUGCAGCAACUAGACAGCUGACGUAGGCUCGAAGAUUUCUAACUUUUGCUCUCUCGCUAUUCAGAAGCUGAUCUGCCUGUGUGCGGCGUGCGUGAGCCGGUUGUUCGAUCUGAAAUGCCUAUAAAGGAAUGUAUUGUCUCUGCACCCGGAAAAGCCAUUCUUCACGGAGAGCAUGCUGUAGUCCAUGGGAAGGUGGCCCUGGCUGUGAGCUUGAACCUGCGCACGUAUCUGCGCUUGGAGCCGAAUUCGGCCGGGAAAGUUUGCAUCAAUCUGCCAAACAUCGACACAUUCCUUUCCUGGGAUGUCACAUCGCUGCAGUCGCUGCAGCCUGACCGCGCAGCUGACCCGAAGAAUGCGAAGGAGCUGGAUACUGACCUUGUUUCUAGGCUGCGGGGUUUUAUCGGGGUGACGGACGGUAAUACAGACACCAGCACCAUGGCUGUCCUCGCCUUCCUGUACAUCUACCUCUCCGUUUUUACCGAGUCCGGGGGGCUGCCCGGCGCGACUGUGUGGGUGUGGUCGGAGCUGCCCACCGGCGCCGGCUUGGGGUCCAGCGCGGCGUUCUCCGUGUGCCUCGCCGCGGCGUCGCUGCGCGCCAGGGGGGCCGUCACCUGCCCGCUGGGCGACCGGGACCAGACAGCCAGGUGGAGCGAGGAGGAGAUGGAGCUGAUCAACGCGUGGGCCUUCCUCGGGGAGAAGAUCAUCCACGGGAACCCGUCGGGGGUGGACAACGCCGUGAGCACGUGGGGUGGAAUAUUGAGAUACCACGCCGGGAAGAUCACGCCACUCAGCAGGGUCCCCAUGUUGCGAAUCCUGCUCACAAACACCAAAGUUCCGCGCAGCACCAAGGUACUUGUUGCCGGAGUGAAGGACAAAAUUAACAAGUUUCCCUCGAUAAUGAACCCGGUGCUGGAGUCCAUAGAUGCCGUCUCCUCUACGUGUCAGCUGACUCUGACCGAAAUGGCCAGCGAUCCCACCCCAGAGCACUACAGCGUUCUGGAGGAGCUGAUGGACAUCAACCAGCACCACCUGAACGUGAUCGGGGUGGGGCACCCCUCCCUGGACGCCCUCUGCCAAACGACGCUGGCCCAGGGGCUCCACAGCAAGCUGACGGGGGCCGGGGGCGGGGGCUGCGGCAUCACCCUCCUCAGGCCAGACACGGACUGCUCGGUGAUCCGGCGCACCGCGGAGGAGCUGAGGGGCCGUGGCUAUGAAUGCUGGGAAACGAGCAUCGGCGCGCCCGGCCUGCUGCAGCACUCGCCGUCCUCCCUCGGGGGCCAAGUUCAGCGGGUUUUAAACGGUCACUGAGACGGGCGGUCGGCGGUGGAGACCGUAAGGGUAUCUCGCCCAAGCCCAGCCCUGCCCUGCCCUGCCCUGCCCUGAGCUGAGCUGAGCUGAGCUGAGCUGAGCUGAGCUGAGCUGAGCUGAGCUGGGGUCCAGAUGCUUCCAUUUCUCCGCCCCUGACAGACUGCCUGCGGUGGUUCAUGACCCCGACUCCUGCACCGCACUUGGUAAACCCGGACAUUUGGAGACCGAUGGUCUUUGCUCAAACUCAUCGGCAGCUAACUUAAACGUUUAGUGUUCUUCUUCUUCUUCUCCCCCUGCUCAUGUAGCUCUUCUCUGAGUGAGGGAAGCUGUUUGGAGCACAAACAUUCUGCCCAAAAUCAUUCAAACAUGUCCCUGCCUAAACUGCAGGGUACUUUUUUUUAAUCGCACAGUGUCAGACUUUUUUGUGGAAAUAAAAAGCAGGAAAUACCAAUCCAAGGAUCAGAAUUACAGGGCCUAUUCAACCGUAAUCACUACAGUUACUAGAAAUGAAUCAUUUGGUUGAAAUGGCGCAUUCUGGAAGCAUGUCUUCUCAUGCAGUACAGUGUCAUUGAGUGCAGACAUCAAAGGCAGAUCUGUCCAAUAAGGGAGGAUAUCCUGUCCAGAGGAUCGUCAUGCUUUUAGCGGUUUCUCUUUCAGUCUGUGGUCAUCGUUUAUGCUGCAGACAUCUGUGUACAAAGAUCCCAUUGGACGAGACCGCCUACCAGCAUCUUCGACCCUUUGCGCACAAGUAAUAGAGAAUUGGUGCCUGUAGUGAGCUAACACGACCAGUAGGUGGCAGUAAUGUCAUUCAAGCCCGUGCUUCAGCACGUCGUGGUGCUGUUGGAAUGAUUUAUUUGCAAUUAUGUGUGUAAUGAGUUAAUUUCCCAUUUCUGAAAUCACAGUUCUGUUAAUUUAUUAACAUUUGGGGAGUGUGUAAAAUGUCACCAUGGCUACAAGGACUGAACUCUCAAGGACUCGCUUCGUGCAAGCCACUUCAACGUCUCAACGAACGGCCAACAUGGCAAUAAAUUAUAUUGAGAAAAACGG